AGGGAAACCUUCUCAUGGUGUUUAAAAGCUUGCUGAAAAAAAGCAUUCAUUCGUCACCCCCCAACGCACUCAUAGCUCAAGUUCAGGCUGCUGAAAUGGCCGCGGUGCCGCAGCAGCAGCAGUCGCUUCAGGAGCAGGUGGCAAGACUCACGGCCGAUGUCGCAACACUCAAGGCCACUAUGGAGGCGCAGACUGAGCAGUUCCGGGCCGAAUUCCAGGCGCAGAUUGAUGCGCUGCAGGCAGAGGAGGCAUGGCUUAGCAAGGAGGAUGUCGCGCGAUUUCUGCACCUGGUGCUGUCGUUCUGCGGCUUCACCUCAGGUCCAGCGCACGAGAAGCUGGAUUAGCGGCUGUGGCAGCUGCUGGUGAGCCACGCCAGCACGUACAGCAAGCCAGCAAGCACAGACGGGCACGGCAUCCUGGCGCUCGCGGGCGGCCUCUGCAACAUCUCCCGGCGGCAGCAGCAGCGCCGCCGACCUGGCGGCAGCUGCCGGUGGCAGCUGAAGCGGCUGUAGCACCGCCACGCCCUCCACAGGCUGUAGUGGCACGCCCUUCGGCGACUACGCAGCGGCGGCGCAGCUGGUGGCGGCGCUGGCGGCGUCACCGGAGCUGAGGGCGUCGGUGGGCGCGGCGGCGCGCGCCGAGGUGGAGCGGUAUGGGUGGGGCGAGGCCACCCGCGUCUUGCGCGAGGAGCAGUACAAGCGUGCCAUCCACGUGCACGCGUCGCGGCGCAGGUUCGCCUGGCUGGCCAAGCGUGCGCGCGUGGCGCGGCUGCUCCAGCGGCUGUGGGCGGCACUGCUGGCGGCCGCCACGGCGCUGGUGGAUGGCCUGGACUAUGCCCACGACCUGCGCCGCCAGUACCAGCAGCAGCAGCUGGUGAUGGCGGCGGCGUGAGCAGCGGAGAGCAGCAGCGGCAGCUCCCGGCAGCUGAGAGAGAGUGUGUGUGUGUGUGUGUGUGUGUGUGUGUGUGUGUGUGUGUGUGUGUGUGUGUGUGUGUGUGUGUGUGUGUGCGUGUGUGUGCUAGCUAUGUGUGCAUGCACGUGGAGGAUGAGGAGGGCGAGGGUGAGAGUAAGGGUGAGGGCGCGGCUUGCGUUUUUAGGUAACUGCAGUGGCGCGGGCGAUGGCUAAUGACGUUCUGGUGUUGUUGACGACCAGUUGAUUGAUGCACACCACUGUACAAGUACUUACCGAGCAGAACAUGAAGGCAGCUGUAACACUAGGGCGAUGGCGAGGAUAGAUGAUGAUGAGUGCAUUGAUGAUAUGGUCGUCGCGGUCACGCGGGCUGCAUGCUGGCGGAUGGAUCCUGCACAUUGGCAGGGCCUCCCAUCCAGCGGGCCGAGGCUGUGCUGCCAACAACGUGCUCAACCACACUGCGGGUGCACGGAGUGAUUGGGUGAGCCCCCCUCCGUGGCCCUUUGGGCGUUUGCUCCUUUGGCGUGCCCUGAAAACAUGGUAACAAUAGAUACUGGAGUAAAUCACAUUUCAUUUUAGGCCAGCAGCAGGAGAGUGGUGCUGCGGGAAGACAGGCGACAUGCGGGACGAACGUGGCAAUGCUGGUGGCCUUGGUGGGGCUGAGAAGCCACUUAGGUGAACUCAAUGAAGCUGGUAGGCGGUGGGUACACAUGCCGAGUCGGCGAGUCACUGUAAGCCCCGUGCGGU